AUGCCAAAUUUGCCUUUAUACCUAUGGGGAGAGAAAGGCAUAUCUAAGAUUACCCGUGCUGUAGGAAAACCUAUCACGAAUGAUGAAUGCACGGCAAGGAAACUGAGAAUAUCCUAUGCUAGGGUGUUAGUGGAGGUAGACAUCACUAAACCUGUCAAAGAAUCAGUUACAAUCAAGGAUCAUAAUGGGAAGGAAUGGCAACAGAAAAUUGAAUAUGAAUGGAGGCCUAAGUAUUGUCAAACUUUCCUGAAGAUUGGACAUGAUUGCUCUAACAAGAAGGGGAAUGGACAGCAGAAACCACAACAGAGAGUUUGGAAGCCAACAAGAAAGCCUAAUGAGAUUGUACUAGAGGAGAAAAAGCUUGAAAUUAUUACAGAGGAACCUAUCAUAGAGGAUACAAAGCCCAACAAUGCCACUCCAGAGGAGAAUUGGACUAUUAUAAGUGCAAACAGAACUGAUAGAGCUAAGAAGAUGAUCAUGUUCACACCUGCUAAUGACAUGCUGGUUCAGAAAGUUUUCACACCUCUUGGGAUUGGAGAUAAUCCGGAAGGGGUUCCUAUUAUUGCAUUGCUAGAAACUAGAGUUAAGAAAACCAAUGCUAGUAGAAUUAGACAGAAACUUGGGAACAAUUGGUCUUAUAUUGACAACUACUCUCAUCAUCACAAUGGGAGAAUUUGGGCAAUAUGGAAGGACCAAGAGGUGAGAAUAAAUAUGUUACAAUUGGAAGAGAAAUUCAUUCAUUUGGAUGUUAUGAGUUUGGAUAAUAAGAUUCACUACUAUGCUACUAUAGUGUAUGCUAUGAAUCAAAUAGAUAGGAGAAGAAUUUUAUGGGAGCAAAUAGAUACUUUAGGAAAUAAUAUUAACCUUCCUUGGAUUGUGAUGGGGGAUUAUAAUAAUGUCCUUACCAGUCAUGACAUAAUUGGAGGGAAACAAGUUAAUGUUGUUGAGUAUAGAGAUCUAGCAGAUAUGGUGCAGAGAAAAGGAUUGUUUGAAGCUCCAACCAGAGGAAGACUCAUAGCAAAUGUUCAAUGGUUCCAGACUUUCCAAGAUGCUAAUGUGGAGGUGUUACCCCGUAAUGUCUCUGAUCAUUCCCCUAUUAGAGUGAGUUGGGGGCACAACCAAAUUAGAAGGAAGUUUAUGUUUAAAUUUCUGAAUUAUGUCACUAAAAAAGAGGGCUAUCAGGAUAUGGUUAGAGAGAGCUGGGAGCAAAGGGUUCAGGGUAAUGCUAUGCAGAGAUUAUGGUGUAGAAUGAAAAGAUUACAAGAGCCUAUAAAGCAGCUCCAAAAAAGUUUUACUGACAUUCAAGUGCAGAUUCAGCAGGCUAGACAAGAAUUGACUGAGGCUCACCAAAACCUUUUGACUAAUAUGUUUGACUGUACAGCUAUUGAACAGGCUAAGAGGAAAACUGAUAAAGUCAUGGAGCUUAAUCAAAUGGAGGAAAAUAUUCUAAAGCAAAAAGCUAAGGUGAAUUGGCUGAAUUUAAGAGAUGGGAACAACUCAUUCUUCCAUGCAAUUGUGAAAGAGAAGAAUAAAUAA